GACUUUUCGCCGUCUGAUCGAUAAAAACAAAAAGGACAUUUUUGGCUUCAUUUUGACGAAAAAAUAAACAAAAAGUCAAUAAAUCAACAAUUUGUUUAUUAUAUUUUGAAAAGUUAAUAACGUAAAUAUGAAAUAAAUUGAGUUGAAAGAGUAUUUUUGCAAGAAGGAGUGAUGCAAAGUGGGAAUCCUACUGGCUCCAAUUUACUUAAAGUUCCACAGUCUGCUUCAUCAACGAUAUCCAAUUAUCAACAAAUUUUUGAUUUGAGUAACCUGAGUCCAAAAUCGAAAAGAAUUCUAAUAUGGAAGGAGAAAAACAGGAGUUCCCAGUUUUUAAACGUCCUCGAAGGAGAAGAGGAAGACAUGGUUAUGGACAGAUUAGAUGAUGAGCCACAAUUAGUGUACAUGAAAGCAUUGUCCGCCUACCAUUGUUAUGAUCUGAUUCCAACUAGCUCAAAACUCGUCGUUUUUGACACUAAAAUUAGUAUCAAGAAAGCCUUCCUAGCCCUCAUGUACACCGGGGUAAGGGCUGCCCCACUCUGGAACGAACAGCUGAAAAAAUAUAUCGGUAUGCUAACGAUCACAGAUUUCAUCAAAAUCUUACGCCAAUAUUAUAAAACGCCAGGGAAAGACAUCACAGAACUGGAGAGCUAUGAAAUUCAAACUUGGAGAAAUGUUCUAGAAGAAUAUAAACGGCCAUUAGUACACGUCAGCCCUGAUGUUACCCUGGCCGAAGCUAUACAUCUGUUAAGUCAGCAACAAGUUCAUAGGUUGCCGGUUAUAGACCCAGUAACAGGUGACGCCUUAUUCAUAGUGACUCACAAGAGAAUCCUUCGUUUCCUGUUCAUUUACAUUUAUGACAUGCCAGAGCCGGAUUUCAUGAGGCAUUCCUUGCAAGAGCUCAACAUUGGAACGUUCAAGGACAUCGUCUACGUGAAAAAAGACACGCCAGUUAUUGAAGCGCUUAAUUUACUGAUGGACAAAAACAUAUCGGCCCUGCCCGUCGUCGACGAUAAUAUGAAAGUGUUAGAUGUCUAUGCCAAGUUUGACGUCAUCAACUUAGCUCCAAACAAGGCCUACACCGAUCUGAGUGUCAGCGUUGAGAAAUCGGUUGAGAAUAAAAUAAGGACGUUCAAUUCUGUGCAAACUUGUUUCAAAUCGACAACACUGCGUUCGGCAAUGGAAAAUAUAACAACAGCUGAAGUGCAUAGAUUAGUGAUAGUGGACAGUGAAGGCCGGUUGGAAGGGGUGCUAUCGUUAUCAGAUAUCCUGAAAUUUCUUGUCGCGAGGCCUCUGCAUCUUCCAGCUUCUCCAUCUCACCAUCCUCAUCACACUCCUCUUCUUCUUCAUCAUCAACAUCUCUCUUUCCAUCAUCAUCAUCGUCAUCAGCAGCAGCAGCAGCAGCAACAACAACAGCCUAAUCAUCAGUGA